AGUCACAUGACACAUUCCAGCAACCAAAAGCGUCAAAAUGGCCGACACACUUUGGGAAGAUCGAGAUGUUAGAUUUGACAUUAGUCCUCAACAGUUACGAAUGAGAUCUGGUGAGAAAUGUAUUGAUAGAUUAGAUGCCAUUGAGGAUACGAAGGGUAAUAAUGGUGAUAGAGGACGUCUUGUGGUAACUAAUCUACGUGUCAUUUGGCAUUCACUGUCAGUACCUAGAGUUAAUUUAUCAAUUGGUUUUAAUUGUGUUAUAAAUAUUUCGACAAAAACAGCUCAAUCUAAAAUCAGAGGAACAUCUGAGGCUCUGUAUGUUUUAACCAAAUGUAAUGAUACCAGAUUUGAAUUUAUUUUUACCAAUUUAAUUUCUGGUUCUCCUCGACUGUUCACAUCUGUUAUAACUGUUCACAGAGCAUAUGAAACAUCAAAAUUAUAUCGUGAUUUAAAACUACGAGGAGCGUUAAUACAGAAUAAACAGAUACGAUUAUUACCACAAGAACAGAUAUAUGAUCAGAUAAAUGGAGUAUGGAAUCUCUCUAGUGACCAGGGCAAUUUGGGAACAUUUUAUAUAACCAAUGUACGAUUAGUUUGGCAUGCUAAUAUCAACGAGUCAUUCAAUGUCAGUAUUCCUUAUCUACAAAUGAGAACUAUAAAAAUCAGGGAUUCAAAAUUUGGUUUGGCCUUAGUAGUAGAAACAUCAACAUCGAGUGGCGGGUAUGUUCUUGGAUUUAGAAUAGAUCCAGCUGAGAAGUUACAAUCAGUGGCUAAACAGAUUCAAAAUCUACACAAAGUUUACAGCCAUUGUCCGAUAUUUGGUGUGGAAUAUGAUACAGAAGACAGGACACCUGUAGCGGAAGAUCUACCAGUUGAACCAAUACAGGAUGAUGUUGAUAUUGAACAUGAUGAUCAAACAGAUGCAUUUGCUGCGUAUUUUGCAGACGGAGACAAAGAAAGAGAUAGAGAACCAGUUUAUUCAGAGGAAUUAGGACUAGCUAUUGAAAAACUAAAAGAUGGCUUUACACUAUCAGGUUUAUGGGAGGUGUUAUCGUAAAUACUCGACAUUAAUAUAAAUAUUUAAAAACACAAUUGUGUAUAUCAAUUUUUGUAUAUACAUGUAUGUAUUCAUGUCAAAUUUCUAUUUUUAAACUAAUUUUAGACACAACUGGUUUUACUAUUAGUGCAUCAUAUUAGAAAAAGCUAAUAAAACAUAAACCAUUUUGAUAACAUUGACUUCUAUUCCUAUAUAUAUAUCAUAUGUGUUGGUAUUUGUCUGUAUUGUAUACCGUAGCACAACCAAAAGUUUUCCUAAGUAAUUAAGAAAUUGUAUCAGUUGUUCUAUGGUCAGCUCUUUAUUUAACAUGAAGAUAUUGUAGUUAUGAUUUUUUUAAUAAAGCCUCAAUUUGAUGAAGGAUCACAAGACCAGAAACGAUCUGUACUAAAAAUGCUGUUUUAUUCUACUGAAGCCUGUUAUCAUAAUAUAUUUAUAUCUUUUCUCUCCACUGGGGGUUGGGUGGCCGAAUAAUUUAAUGUGUGCUUUAAGUCAUAAGGUCUGUCAUUGAGUUGAGUGGUGUGGUUUAGAUUCUACGGUUGUAUGUGACAAGGAGUAGUGUAGGGUGCCCAAUCUCAUCAGUUUUCUCUUUUUUCUCCAUUUUCCUCCUACUACUAAAGACCCCUACUAAGGAUCUUUAACGUGCAUGCCAAUGUGUACAAGGGACCUGUAUUUUGUUUCAUCCGAAUGAAUAGACCACAAACAAGGGGAAACCACGUCGGAAAAUCCUGAAGAACUGUUUGGGCCAUUGCACAAUCGAACACGCGACCACCAGACUAGCAAGCCAGCAUCUUACUCACUUAGCCACCAUGGCUCCCUUUAUGUUGGCUAUACUAUUAAAUUGUUCAAUUAUUAAAAAGUGACACUAUCUUUUGCUGGUCUUUUAACAAUUCUUGACAAUCAUGUUAUACAAACAACAUUCAUUUAUUUUAUACUGUAUAAUAGAGGCAAGUCUUUUCCUGGACACUUAUUAAGGCUUAUCAGAGUUCAAAUGUUCUUUACUUCCUCAACAGUUAAAACCUCAGAGUUAAUCAAUGUUCUAUUCAAAUCACAUUCAAAUAUCCUGAAUAAAAUUAUUAUUUACAAAAAAAAGUUUGAGAAAAUUUACGUAGCUUGCACAUAUUUAAAACUCUAUAGUGUACAAAAGGAGUUGUGACAUCGAACACUGAUAAAAAGUGACAUAAAAUAACUGUAUUGUAUAAUUGUUGUUAUUUAUAGAUUAGAGACGAUUACAGUUGGUCAGUGUAUGUAAUAUUGUUUUAUUUAUGAUUAUGAUGUGUUAAAUUGUAAAUUUGUUUUUGAUCCGUCCACAAAAUAAAAAUAUCUUUGUUCA